AUUUGCCUACUGCAAAACUGAAACCCUAAACCCUUGGCGCCUAUCCUUUCUCAUUCAGUCGCUCUCCGUCUCUUCCAGCACUCUGCCAUGGCGAAGAAGGAGAAAUCACGAAUUCACAAGGAAAAAGAAGAGGAGCCAAACGAAGAACAACAUCCCGAAGAAGAGCAGCCAAAUGCGGAGUCGUCAGAUGGUGAAGAAGAAGAGCAGACGUUCGAAGAAUUAGGUCUGGACCCUCGACUUGUCCGUGCUCUUAGCAAGAAAAGCAUUGAGAAACCAACUCCCAUCCAGCGCGUUGCUAUCCCUCUUAUCCUUGAAGGUAAAGAUGUGGUUGCGCGAGCAAAGACUGGUUCUGGAAAGACCUUCGCCUACCUCCUUCCUUUGCUUCAGAAGCUUUUCUCCAAUUCGCCUUCCAAGAACAAUUCUGCUCCCUCUGCCUUCAUUCUCGUUCCUACUCGUGAACUCUGCCAGCAAGUUUAUUUGGAAGCUAUGUCCUUACUUGAGUUGUGUAGAGUGCAAUUAAAAGUUGUUCAAUUUACAAGUACCAUGUCAAUUUCUGACCUUAGAACCACAUUUGCUGGGUCUCCUGAAAUUCUUGUAUCUACACCAGCUUGCAUUCAGACGUGCUUAUCAAAUAGUGUUCUUCAAGCAGAAGCUCUUCAAAAUUCCCUCUCAAUUAUUGUGCUAGAUGAGGCCGACCUUCUUUUGUCAUAUGGUUACGAAGAUGAUCUAAAAGCUCUUACAUCUCACAUACCUAAGCGCUGCCAGUGCCUUCUCAUGUCAGCUACUUCAAGUGAUGAUGUUGAGAAGCUGAAGAAGCUUAUAUUACAUAAUCCCUACAUCUUAACUUUACCCGAAGUGGGUGAUGUUAAGGAUGACAUAAUUCCCAAGAAUGUCCAGCAAUUUUAUAUUUCUUGCAGUUCCAAUGACAAGCUUGUACAUAUCCUCGCCCUCCUGAAGCUUGAGUUGGUUCAGAAGAGAGUCCUCAUAUUUACAAAUUCUAUUGACAUGAGUUUUAGACUGAAAUUAUUUUUUGAACAGUUCGGGAUUAAGGCUGCCGUUUUAAAUGCUGAGCUUCCACAGAAUUCACGUCUGCACAUUCUGGAGGAAUUCAAUGCUGGCCUAUUUGAUUACUUGAUUGCAACUGAUGACAGCCAUUCAGAAGGAAAAGAGCAGAUUGAUGGUAGAAGCCGCAAGGAACAGAAAAAAUCUAAAAGGCAUCCAAAGCAGAAAUUGGACUCUGAAUUUGGGGUUGUGAGAGGAAUAGACUUCAAAAAUGUGCACACUGUAAUCAAUUUUGACAUGCCUCAAACAGCUGCAGGCUAUGUUCAUCGCAUUGGACGUACUGGUAGAGCAUAUAAUACGGGUGCAUCUGUCUCCCUUGUUUCUCCAGAAGAAGCUGAAAUUAUUCAAGAGGUCAAAUCUUUAUUAGGAGAAAAUGAUGGCAAUGAAUCAAAUUUUAUUGCUCCCUUUCCAUUGCUCACUAAGAAUGCAGUAGAGUCUUUGAGAUAUAGAGCUGAGGAUGUGGCAAGGAGCGUUACCAAAGUUGCUGUAAGAGAAUCACGUGCUCAGGAUCUGAGAAAUGAAAUUCUCAAUUCUCAAAAGUUGAAGGCUCAUUUUCAAGAUAAUCCUCGGGAUUUAGAUCUUUUGAAACAUGACAAAACCCUUAGUAAGAAGGCUCCUGCUCCACACCUGCGCGAUGUGCCUGACUACCUUCUGGACCCAACAACACAGGAAGCUAGCAAGAUUGUAAAACUUGCUAGAGCAGCAAUGGGAAACGAGAAUGCUCCUCGCCGCAAAGGGGGGUUGAAGGGAAAAUUUAAAAGAUCUAGAGAUCCUCUUAAAACAUUCUCGGCAGAGGCACCAAAAAGAGCUUCUAAAGGUGGGAUGAAGAGGAAGUCAAAAGAUGCAGAUGCUGAUGCUGGGCAUAAACACAAAAAGAGGUAGAGUGUACUAAUAUCAUUCAAGUAAUUGCAACUGUCCUUGACAGCUUAUGCAUACAAAUUUUGUAAACUGUUUAGAAUCAUAGAUUCAAAGUUUUGGUCAUUGUAGUUCAUUUCCAAAAUGGGUGCUUUAAAUUUUUAUUUCUAUGAGAGUAAUAUUAUGGGCCC